AUUAAAUUUAUAUAUAUACAUAUAUAACUAAUAUGUAACACAGUUAUCAUUUGCUACAGCAGUUAUCUUGCGCAACACGAGUUUUGAACAGUCGCGCGAAAGUACAAACAAAGAAAACAUAUAUGUAUCAGUGUUGGUAAGGGUCUUUUCCUAACGAAACAGAACCGGAAAGUAUCGAACAACGAAUCAUGAUUGGCUGAUGAAAUCUUUUCGUCCAAUAGUUUUAGAGAAAUCUGUUCUAAUGCGAAGUUAAUGAGGAGGACCUGUUGCUAGUCCUUUGGUAGCCAUGCUAUGGCUCUAGCUGCAAAGUAACAGUUACGUUGCACGAUUUAAAAAUAUUUCCGUGGGACUGACUGAAUUUCGAUCCGAAGGAAUUCCUCGACGCAUUGAUCAUUCGUCUUCGAGCAGUGCGGCCAAAAAUGGAAAUAUCACCCAGAAAAUCAUUGAAACGUACGCAAGAACCUAUUGACGAAUGGCUACAAAGUGAAGGAUAUUUCAGGAAACAUGCACCUAGAGAUCCAACUUGUUUAUUCAGGGCAGUAAGCGAACAAGUCUACUUGACGCAACAUUAUCAUAUAAGAGUUAGAAAAGAAUGUGUAGAAUUCAUGAAAAAAAUGAAACACUUAUUCACAGAGAAUAUAUCAAUUCCAUUUGAGGAUUACUUGGAACAAAUGGCGUGUUUUACGGAAUGGGGUGGUAUGAUCGAGAUCCAAGCUAUGUCGUUGCUUUAUAAACGAGAAUUCAUUAUUUUUAAUGGACAAAAGCAAGCUGGUCAAAAUGUUACAAAUAAUGGUUUUAAAGAUGUGAUAUACUUGUGCCAUACGCCACAAAAACAGUAUGAAAGUAUUUAUACAAAAGACUUUGUUGGAAAUGCUGCUUUUUGUCAAUCUAUCGUUUAUCAAGUAUUAUACAAAGACGUGUUUAAAAUGGCUAAUAUAGAAACAACGGUCCAUAAAAUGUUACAUGAUAGAUCAACUACAUUUAGACACGAUAAGUUUUUCCUUAAAGACAAUCUAGAGAUUCGAGAUCAAUUGGCUGCAGAGAUAUAUAACAAGAUUGACAGUGGGACUGACGAGGUUGAUGAUGCACAAGUUGUUGUAAAGAACAUACCGCCUUUCCCUUAUAGAAUUGCCAAAGCUCUUGAUCCUAACAUCUAUCGUAAUACUGAUUUUGAUAUAUGGCACGAAAUUAGACGAGAGGUGAAAAAUGCAGGAUGGACUAGGCACAAUAGUCAUGAACUCCAAAUUGGUGGCAAAUGUUUAGUACAAGUGGACUUUAAUGAGGAAGAGUUUGACAAAACCAAUAAUAAUAACGUUUACGUGCCAUCUUUUGAGAAAGAUUCCAAUGACAAUGAUACUAAAUUAUUGCAAAAGAAAAGCAAUGAUUCGGUGUUUUAUUAUGGACACAUUCAAGAAAUGAGUAAAAGUCAGGGACCUGUGUUAGUUUUUAUUGAAGAGUUAGGAGAGAAGAGAAUUGUACCAUAUUCAGCUCUUAAGCCGUUGCCCCCAAAGAAAAAUAAACAAGCCAAUUGGUUGCCAGUUUGCAAAAAGAAUCUACUCUUAGAUUCAAAUCAAAAAUGGAGAAAAGCGUGUGGAACAUCAUCUCGCAAAAUCAAAGAGUCUGCUAAUAUGAACAUUUUAUCAAGUAAUAUUGAUAAAAGUGAAAAUAAUAGUGAUAUUGUCAAUGACAUUAACGGGAAUAAUUUUCAAUGGAAAGAAAUGUCAUUAAUUCUGUUGAAAUGUUUCCUUCAAGAAUGAUUCUUGACAACACUCAGUCUUCUACAAUGGAUAUUGGAAGGCAAGAAAAUAAUAAAGAACGUAAAGAAAAGAGUUCGUUCUCACAGAAAAAUUCUGAAAAUAGUUUUAUUAGAAAUUCAAAGUCGGAUAGUCCAAUGAAAAAUGAUAAUAAUGCCGCUUCAUAUUCAAAACAGAGAGUGCAGAAAGAAAUAUAUUAUUCACCAUAUGCUGGAGCAUCUCCAAAUGAAGAAGAAAUUACAAAUAUCACGCAUAACAUGAUCCAAGAUUGUACGGUAACGCAACAGAAGAAGGAGCCUAACAGCGACCAAAAUGAGGUUGGGGUGCAAUCACUGUGCCAAGAGAAUGGAGACAAAUAUGCGAAUGAUACCAAAAAUACACAGAUUCAAAAGACCGAAGUUCAAAAAGGAAAUGAUGGAAAAGAAACGUCUUCGUAUUCAUCCCGUGACAAUAAAUUGGAAUCUGCGAACAAGGAAUCUUCCCGUUUCAAUAGAAAUGGGUUAGGUCCACGUUUUAAGAAAAAUUUCGAGAAUCGAUAUCGAUCCUCCUCGCAUUUUGCCAACCAAUACUUGAGCAACGGAUCGAAUUCUAAACUCUCCAAGUUGGAGAGAGAUACGAAAGAAAAUACCAUGAACGUUCAGUCUCCACACUCGAUGCAUCAACAGUUACACGCACCUGCGAAUGCAAUGAAUGCUUACCAAGCGUCUUACAUGCAACAAGGCAUGUAUCCAGGACUGCCGUACUACGGCAACGAGGCAGAUGCAUUCGCAAACCCUUACUAUUCUCUCAAUCCAGGUUUCAUACCGAUCCCGUGUUUACCGCAUUCCGAUAUAUACGACAACAACAAUAUGCAAUCCUUCUCGCCGCAUUUAUGCCCCGGAAUGGAUUAUACACAGGCUUACUCUGCAGGUGUAUGUCCGCCGUACUUGUGCCCUCCGUCAACCCCGUUCAACAUGCCGCCGCAAAAUAUACCCGAACACUGGUACGCUGUUGCUGGACAACCGCACUACAUGCAAUACACGCCGGUGUUGUCGGUUCCGACGGAGACAUCAUGCAAUGGGGUAGCACAAAACGCUAAUCAAAAUGCUUCGUCUUAAAAAAUUGAUUUCGCUAAGUUGUUACUUACACACUUUCCGUAAAGUUCCUACUAUUUUUAUAUAAUUCAUUGUUGGAUAGUUCCAUAUUGAAGUGAGACAGAUGGAUCAUUGCGUAAUCACAACAGGUCAUUUUUAACUGUAUAACCAAAAUAGUAUUAACAUGUAUAGAUAUAUAAAGAUAUAUUACAGAAGAAAAAACUUUGUAAACAUAAAUAUCGUAAUAUAUAUAAAAUUAGAAUUACAAAUUAAAAAGUACAAAAGUUGAAUAUUCAACGUAGGUUUUGUAACGGCUCUCGUAUUAACCUAAUAACAGUAUAAAUUAUUUAUCUUUGAUGUUAAGUUGCUGCGAUACCUGUAUAAUUGCAUUUCAUUUUGAGAUACGGCUUUGUCACUGUACACGAGCCGCCUAAAGCAAUAGAUAGCCUUUCGUUCGUUAUUCACUUGUUCAUACAAUAUUUUUUCCUAAUAAAAAAAGCAAUGCAGAAACGGAUAUCCAUCUUUUUACCCGUGUAAAAAUAAAACUAGUCACGUCGCUUCGUGCAACGUGUCGUUCGAUUCUAUUUCAAAUUUUCCCUCUCUACAUUGCUACCAACGGUACGUGCGCGCAGCCGAUAAAAGUCACUAGACAUGUUUUCCGUGCGCCACGAAUAUUUAAUUUCGCGAAAGAAAAUACAACAAACAACCGCGGUUAAACGCGAGAUAAACCAUCCCCGAUCUUUCGUUCGUCUCUUUAAUCGUCGUCCGUUUUUCGCGUUUCAAUGUUAAUCGCGUUCACAUCGGUCGUCAAAGCGUCCGCCAUUGGACGGACGGGCACGGUUCUAAACCGGUGAGGAAGGUGCGCGCUCGGGAUCUUUCAAUAUACAAUAAACACCGUGGUUCUGCUCGCUGGUAUUCCACGCCAUGACUAAAAUUUGUCGGAAGAGUAGGAGUGCGGUAGCUGUGACAGGUCAAACAGUGAACAGCGAAAUUACUUAAUGCCCGUUCGGGCUGUAUGGUUUCUUGCAUCGUAACGUGACGCUGACGGAUUAUCGUUCCAUCGGUUCGUUGUUUCUCGACUCGGUGAAUUAUCGUCGAGAACAUCAAGUAUCCACUCCGGGAUCUGCUAUUUUCGUGGAAACUGAACUCGGGACGAGAACGGGGAGAGCAAGCGCAGAAACUGAAAAAGGAAUGGAGGUAGACGAAUGUUCAGCUGGUGGUGACAGCGGGGCCGAAGAAGACGAGGAUGAUGCAUCUUCUCGAGGAUCUAGAAGUAACAGCAGUAGCAGCAGCAUCAGUGGAAGCAGUACUUCAACCGACAGCGGGGAUGACAGUGGAGAAGAACAUGGUACAAGCGGUAGUGAGACCCACAGUUCUGGCGAAGAAGAUGAGGAAGAGAAUGACAACACGGAAUAUUCUGUCAAAGCGGAGAGUCCAGAUACUUUGAAGUGGGAAACAUGCAUCGCUGCAAAUACCAAGAUAAAACUGCCACAAGAUCUCUGCGAACAUGCAGCCAUUUUCAAGGAGUUUUUGGAUUACCCUUACAUUUGGAACGAAUGCCUUACUGAAAGUCAAAGGGAGACUCUUUGUAACCUUCUGCCAGUUUUCCCAAAGGAUUGCGACGCGGAAGCUGAAACUGAGAAAACCCUGCGUAUGUUAUUCGAGCGUGAAAAUCGCAGAUUCGGCGUAGCACCUUUGGACGCAUUUCAUAGUCACCUGUCUGCUGGUCAUUACCGACCGGACAUCAGAAGAAUGUGCAGCUUGGUUCGCAAAGCGCAGCAGAGAAGAUUGUUGUUCGAGGAACGGAAACGAUCUUACGAGCUGGCCAGUCAAUUACUGAAGUCAAGGGAAAGUUUGUUGUCCAACGCGUAUAAACAGGGUUUCUGUCAACCGGCGCAACGAACGGUGUCGAAGAUCCAAUGGAGGAAGCCGAAACCUGCUAUGGCCGUUUGGCAGAGAAGUAUGUAGUAACUUCCGAGGGACAAUACUAACAAGCAAUGAACCGACAGUUGAAGAGAAAACGCAACUGCGCUAUUUGGAGGAACUGAAUGCACUGAGGACAGAGCUCGGAGCGAGCGCGAAGUUAGCGGCCGACACAACGUCCGAGAACGAGGAGAACUAUCCGCACUAUCAGUUGUCUGGGGCUAAGCAGAAGAAGAAGAAACGCUCGUUUAUGGGCGCUCAGGGAUUGUCCAUUCGAGGCUUGCAAAUAAAUCACGAGGAUGAGACUAUCCGGCCUGUUUUCUCCACGCUGCAGCGGGCGGAAUAUCCUGCGAACAGGUCUCUGUUUGUACGCGAACAAACGGAGGAAAUGUACCGGGAGAUGUUGCUCGAGCACAAGAAGAGAAGAGCACGGCGUGAUAUUCAUCCAGAAUUGAAUACGCAGGGCAUCGCUCUUGCCGAUUUAACUCAACGAGCGCAGAUCGGACAGAAGCACAAAUUGUCGCUCGGCCCCGCCGUACGCAUCACGCCGGCGAAGAAGCGAAUAAAGAUGGAGCACUCGCCGCUGUGUCCUCCGGCGCCGAGAUUAACGAACUCGAUAAAACACGAGAGCGACAACAGCGAUUAUUCUCACACGACGGACGAGAACAGACAUUCCAACGCGUUGGACGUAGAUCACAGAAUGCUGACGCCGAUCAAGUCGGAGCCUAUAGACGCGUACGAGAUGCAUCAGUUGUCCAAGAAGAAACUGAGUCCCGUCGCGUUGAAGAGUGGCAAGACCUCGAUGAUGGCCGCUCCGGAAAUAAAGAAGGAAGUGGAAGACAUGGAGUACGACGAUAUAAAAACAGAGCUCGGCACAGGAGUGAACGAGGACCCGCCGUUGGAAACGGAAGAGGAGGAAGAGAACGACAAGAAGGAGCUCGACUUGGACAGCAUCGAUAUGAUGCAGCUGCCGAUACAGCUCGACGAUGGGAUUGAUAUAUUGGACGACGUGAAGUGCGAGGACGAGGGAGUUAUAUCGAUACCUGACAAAGAGAUCGCUGUCCCGUCGAACGAGGACGCCAUGGACAUCAACAGCGGGGCGGAAUUGAUGCAAGAGACGCACGCCUGUUUCUUCUCGUUGUUGAGAGACGCGUUCACCUCGAAAGGCGAGUAUAGAAUGAGCGCCGGGGAAAUGAAGGACGCUGUCACCCAGUGGCAAGGAAAUCCCAUUUCACCGUUGAACGAUUGGUAUUCGCUGGCAUCCUCUUGGCCAGCACUGGUCCCGCUAGCUUUGGGAUUCCUUGCCGGUGAGCUCACUUAUUCCCAAGACAUAGGUGACAGACAGGAAAAAGAAUCGGAGCUUGUUCCCUAUUUGGAAAACAAAGGAAGCGGAGUCUAUGCGUGGAUCGGUGCCGGACGAGACUCAGACUCGCGUCUGUCUGACUUGUGUACCAAGUUCUUGAUGCACAAAGAUUCGCUCGGUCUGGUAACCGUGAAACAACAGAACCAAGCGCCUCAGGUCAACAGCAGCGCCAACGUUAACAGCAACUCUGCAAGUGGAAACGCAAACUCGAGCGGCAGAGAUAGCAGUCCGGCGAUGGAGUCGAUCAACGUCGAUGGUGCGUCUGUCAACACCGUUACGGAAUGGGAGCCACCUCGCGCUCUCUGGCCCACCGAAUGGAAAGUUCGACCGUCCACGAUGGAGGAGCGAGACGAGUUCAGGAGACAAGAACGUAUGCGUUACGCUGCACCUCACAAAGCGUUCACGUACAGAAUGCACGGUUAUGCUUCUGUCGUGGGCCCAGUGAAAGGCAUUUAUCAGCACAACGUCGCCUCUGGUUUAACCAAAGCUCGAGGACACUCAUUGCUGGUGGCGGAUCGACCAAACUUUGUGACCAUCCUAGCCUUAGUGAGAGACGCCACCGCAAGACUUCCUAACGGCGAAGGAACUCGUGCCGACAUUUGUCAAUUGCUGAAAGACUCUCAGUACAUCAGGGAGCAGACAGAGAGCGACGACAAGGAAGGGUACUUGCACUCUGUAGUGUCUGGAGCUUUAGACAGACUGCACUACGAAACAGAUCCGUGCGUACGGUAUUAUCCACGACGCAAAGAGUGGCUCUACCUUCAUCGAGCACGUUCAGAAUCGGAAUUUGAAAUGUACCAUCAACAGUUGCAAGGUGUUGCAAAGAAUAAGAAGAAUGGCGGCAGUAUGUCUCGAAAGGCACUGCCGCCGGUGAUAAAACCUACUGGUGCCAACAAAGAACAGUCUCCCAGCAAUAAUAAAGAAGCUACACCUAAAAAAGAAAGGAAAACCGCGGCGUCUGCUAUCCAACCUGUCAUCUCGAGGAAAGAGCAAAAGAAAACUGAGGAGAAGAACAUGAACGAUCAUUCCGGUACUACGGAACCCGCUGUGAUCACAAAUAUAGUGACAACAAUCAACACGCCAACGACUUCAGUAAUUUCCAUGUCGGGGACUACAGUCCCAGCCACUACGUCCCUCCCGACUUCCUCUACUUCUAUCAGUACUAUCACCGUGGAGAAGGACAUAGCAACAACCGUGGACGUAAAACCGCAAAUCACUGCGAACGUCCCGGCGAAGAAGGCAACGAACAUCGGUGGAAAACCGGUCGCUGUUGUGAAAACCAGUGCCCAGAGUUUGCUACAGUCGAACCAGCAACACUUCCCACAUCAUCAGAUUCAAGUGUCAACGUCCGCUGGUCUGCAGACCAUUCGAUUGUCCGGACACUCCGUGUUGCAUUCUGCUCAAUCCAUAGUGGCCAACAGUACUUCCAACGUGACGAACGUCACCACCAAUUUAACCACGAUAUUGCCACCCACCAAACUACCGAGUCAACAACAGCAACAGCAGCAAUCGCAACAGCCGCAGCAGCAGCAGCAGCAGCA